AUGGGAUUUGUAAUCAACUCUGUUGGUAUAUGUGAAAGCCAAAACAAUGGUUCAACAGUUGGUGUCUCAACUAUUUGGUGUAAUGGCACUUUUUACAUUAAUUAUGAAAGUUGUAACAGUUGUUCAAAUAAAUACGAACACUCUCAUUUAUGUGAUAAAACACGUGUUGUCUCGUGUCAACAGAAUUACAUACAAGACAAUUGUGGACAUUGCAUAGCAACGAUAUGUACAAAUAAAACAACAGUAGACCAAAACGGACUCUGCCAAACAGAAAUAAACCAUUGUAUGUUCAUCGUGAACAAUAAAUGUGUUGAAUGUGAAAACAAUUACACUUUUAACAAUAACAAAAGUUGUAUUAAAACAUCACAUAAUAAUAAUUCAACAAAUUGCAUCUCAUUUAACAAAAAUGGGUGCGUUUCUUGUGCAGUCGGGUAUUACCUAUUAAAUGCUGAAUGUAAUUUAUGUUCCGAGAAUUGCACCAGUUGUGUAGAGAGUGACACAAUGUGUCUUUCGUGCAAGUCUGGAUUUUAUCAAGGUGAUAAUUACACGUGUUUGCCAAGCACAGACUUGUUGAGUAAAUGCAACAAAAUAUCAACAAUAACAAAUGGGUGUUAUCAAUGCAAAGACGGGUAUUACAGAGUUGGUCUGAAUUGCUAUGAGUGUUUUUUGAAUUGCUCAACAUGCAACACAAAAGAUAAAUGUUUGACUUGCAAUUUGACAAAUUACAAGACGUCAAGUGGAAUUUGUUUGCCACAGAACAGUAUCAUUGGGUGUGCUGUUGAAGUCACACAAAAUGGGUGUAACAUGUGUAUAAAUGGGUAUUACACAGUCAAUUACAAUGAGUGUGAAAGGUGUCAUGACAACUGCACAAUAUGCACACAACACGAGAAAUGCACAUCCUGUGUUGAAAACAAAGUGUUAUUUGAAAAUGGACUCUGCUAUGACAUUUCAUUUGUAUCAUAUUGUGUUGCUGUCUCAAAUUCAAAAUGCUCCAGAUGCACAUUCUGGCACUCGCCAAAUGAUAAUGGCACAUUUUGUAACAAGAAGGCGGUCUGGUGGGUACUUCUCAUAGUAGUGUUGUUUGCAAUUAUUGUGAUGGCAGUUGUGAUAACAUCAAUUGUAUUUGCUGUGUUGUUUAUUGAGAAAAAAAUGCGACAAAAGAAGAUUGAAAUGACAGCAACACUUUUCAAAAUGAGUCGCUCCAACAUCACAUUUGUAUCACUUGGUGAUGAUGUUGUAGUCAACAAAACAGAAAUAUCAUUUGGUCAGGACGUUGAUGUCAACACACAACAACGAGAACUUCUGUGUGUUGGCAACACAUCAAAACACAAUAUGAAAAUCCAAAUCACAACUAAAGGUGCAACAAUUGAGAAAUAUGUAUUUGAGUCAAAUCCGAAGAUAGUAAUGUUGCCAAGUGGCGAGGCGUGUGAGUUUGAGAUAUUACUGACUUUAAAAUGCACAACUAAAAUGGAUGAGAGUGUUGUGUUGGUUACAAACUCAUUCACAAAAAGAAACCCCAAUUUAAAAGAAAUGAAAAUUACAGCAACUUCAAAAUUGACAACACGACUUGAUCCAGACGAGUUGGAAGAAGACAAGAAACUUGGCGAAGGUUCGUUUGGAAUUGUUUUUAAAGGAAUGUUCAGAGACAAUGUUGUUGCUAUUAAGAAAAUGAAAAUCGGCACUGAAGAUGAUUCUCAAAAAAUUGAGUUUGAGAAGGAAGUUGAAAUGUUGGACAAAUUCCGGAGUGAGUAUAUUGUCCACUUUUAUGGCGCCGUGUUUGUGCCAAGCAAGACGUGUAUGGUCACCGAAUUUGCACAAUAUGGGAGUUUACAAGACUUGAUAAAACACAAAACAAGUGAAGAAAUUGACAUGAAACUUCGAGUUAAAUAUAUGAUAGAUGCGGCUAAGGGUAUUUCAUAUUUACACACAAAUGGGAUAUUACACAGAGACAUCAAACCAGACAACAUUUUAAUAUUUUCACUUGAUGUAAAUUACAACGUGAAUGCCAAACUGACUGAUUUUGGAAGUGCAAGAAACGUGAAUAUGAUGAUGACUAACAUGACAUUUACCAAGGGAAUUGGUACACCAGUUUAUAUGGCGCCUGAAGUGCUGGACAAAAAACACUACAAGAAACCAGCUGAUGUCUAUUCAUUUACAAUAACUAUGUAUGAAGUCUUUGGGUGGAGUAAUGCAUAUCCAAAAGAAACAUUCAAAUUUCCAUGGAAAAUUGCCGAGUUUGUGACAACAGGAAAACGACUUCAAAGAAAAGAUAAUAUACCAGAGAAGUUGUACCAAAUAAUAGAAAAAUGCUGGAAACAAAAUCCGAAGGAGAGAACGACUAUCAUAGAUUUGAUUGAAUUAAUUCAAGGAGAAUAUAACAUUUUAUAA